AUGACUUCAUAUUUACCACCUGAUUUACUACCUGAAACACCUUUAACAAGGACACAUUUGGUUUAUGGACUUAUUGCAUUUAAAAUUAUUAUAUUUUUACUUAUAGUAGGAAUAUUAUUAAUAUCUAUUUUAUAUAGUGAUGAUACUACAAUUAUUGUGGAGAAUUUUUCUAAAACAAUUAUAAAUAAUGGUUUACCAGGAAUUAUAUUAUAUAUUAUUUCUUUUUCUAUAUUAACUUCUUUAUUCUUUCCUAUGGAACCAUUAAUUUUAUCUACAGCAUUUUUUUUAUGUAAAAUUUAUGGUUCAAAAUUGGGUAUAAUUAUAACUCUAUCAAUGACACUUUGUGGUACUGCAUUAAGUGCAUCAUUAUCAGUUUUUUUAACAAGAUUUAUAUGUUAUUCAGCAAUAAAGUCUAUUCUAGGUUCACAUAAUCUUUAUAUGGCAUUAAAUUCUGCUGUAAAAGAACGUGGAUUAACUUUUGUAAUAUUUUUAAGAUUAUCACCAAUUGUUCCUUUUACUAUUAGCAAUUAUAUAUUAGGUUUGACUGAUUUAAAAUAUAUUGAUUUAAUAUUUGGUACUAUUGGUUGUUUACCAAAUCAUUUAGCUUUAAUAAUAUUAAGUUUAUCUAUAUCUAAUACUCGACACAAUAAAUGUAUAUUUUGUUACUCUUGGAAAUAUGGUAUAAUUGGAUUAGUUGGACUUAUUUUGACCCUUUUAACAUUUCUUUAUAUAAUUUUUGAGACUCGUCGUAGAUUAACAAAUAUAUUUGGUGAUGAUCAAUCUUAUUCAUUUCAUUCUAUUAAUGAUGAACCUCAAUCUCUUGAAUAUGUAAUACAACCUUGUAUUUUAAGGAAUUUCGAUAAUCAAUAUAUUGAUUAUAAAUCUUAA